UGUGACAUCACAGUGACCAUCGAUGGUCAAGAAUUCAAAUGCCACAGAUUCUAUUUGAGUGCAUGCUCGAAGUUUUUCAUUGUUCUCCUUGGCUCUAAUCUGUCCUUGGAUUAUUUGAUUAUUAAAGGAAUUAGGCCAGACAUAUUUGAACUUAUUCUAGAUUCAUUAUACAAAGGAGAUAUCAGAAUAACAGAAGACAACAUGAUAGAUCUUUGGUACGCUGCCAAUCAACUUGAAAUUAGAUUUUUACUUGAAGAAACUGAAAACUUCAUCAUUUUAAAUAUAUCUGUUGAUAAUUACUUGCACAUCUUUGAUGUUGCC